AUGUCGCUCGACAUCCUGAUAGCGGGCAAGUACCGGCUGGGGCGGAAGCUAGGAGGAGGCUCUUUCGGGGAAAUCUUCCUGGGCACCAACUUGCAGACCGGCGAGGAGGUCGGGAUUAAGCUGGAGUCAAUAAAGGCGCGGCACCCGCAGCUGCUGUACGAAUCGAAACUCUACAAGAUCCUGCAGGGCGGAGCCGGCAUCCCCAACCUGCGGUGGUAUGGCAUUGAAGGGGAGUACAACGUGAUGGUCAUCGACCUGCUGGGGCCUAGCCUGGAGGACCUGUUCAACUUUUGCAGCAGGAAGUUCACCGUGAAGACUGUGCUGAUGCUGGCGGACCAGAUGAUAUCUCGGGUGGAGUACGUGCACUCCCGCAGCUUCAUACACCGCGACAUAAAGCCGGACAACUUCCUCAUGGGCCUCGGAAAGAGGGCCAACCAGGUGAACAUCAUCGACUUUGGUCUGGCCAAGAAGUACCGCGACCCAAAAACCCACGUCCACAUACCCUAUGUGGAAAACAAGAACCUGACGGGCACCGCGCGGUAUGCGAGUGUCAACACGCACCUUGGCAUUGAGCAGUCGCGGCGGGACGACCUGGAGAGCCUGGGUUACGUGUUCAUGUACUUCCUCAGGGGCAGCCUGCCCUGGCAGGGCCUGCAGGCCGCCACCAAAAAGCAAAAAUACGAGAAGAUCAGCGAGAAGAAGAUGAAGACGCCCUUCGAGACGCUGUGCAAGGGGCUGCCGCAGGAGUUUGUGCUCUACUUCCAAAACGUCAGGUCCCUGCGUUUUGACGAGAAGCCGGACUACGCCUUCCUGCGGCGCAUGCUGCGGGACCUUUUCGCCAAGGAGGGCUGGAAUUGGGACUACGUGUUUGACUGGAUUCAGGGCGGUGGUGCACGGGUGCGGUCGGGCGGCUUGCGGCUGGCGCGCGGCGGCGGCGGCGGCGGGGACGCGCCGCGCAAUGUCAUGACGAUCCUCAAGUAUCAGAGGGCUAACGGCAUCGAGCGGCCCCUGGCGACCGCCGCGGCUGCAGGGCAGCCCUCUGGCGCGGCUGCGGGCGCGGGCGGCGCGGGCGCGGCGGCGACGCGGGCCCUGCAGGAGGCGGCGGAGCGGCAGCGUCAGAGGCCCUUGUCGGGUACGGCGGCGGCGCAGCCGUCAGUGCAGCAGCAGCAGCUGACGAACCCGACGCAGCAGCAGCAGCAGCAGCAGCAGCAGGUGGUGGCCGCGCCAGCCGCGUUGGUGCCGACCCGCAGCGUGCCGGUUGGCGGCGUCGCAACGGCCGGGCAGCAGCACCCGCCCCUGCAGCAGCAAGGGCUGGCACCGCGCACGAGCGUGCCGCUGCCGCAAGCUGGGGGCCAGCAGCAGGGCCUGGCGUACCAGGCGGCAGCUGGGCAGCAGCUGCCCGAAGAGAAGAAGGAGAAGUCGCGGGCGUCGCGAGCCUUUGUGAGCUAUUCACCUGCCUGA